AAUGCGGAUGGACUCAUGGUAUAUAAAACGAAGAAACCUGACUAUUCCUUCAUUAUAACUUUUCGGCAGUUUCGGUGCAGACCGUGACAACAGCUUCUCUGAGCAGAAGGAUAAGGAAAAAUUGCUUAUCACUGGACAUUUUGUGGUUCUCGUAAUGUUUUGCUGGGGAGAAACUACUCGUCGGGAAUUGGGUUUAGAAGAUAGUGUUCUUCAGGUUGAUGGCGUUAACUCAGAUCUCCAUCAAAUGGUGCCUCGAAAACCCAAGAUAGCUGACAUUUGUGCUGGAAACGGAGUAAUUGCUUUUAUUGAACACAAUGGGAAUGGUUCCGUGUGGAUUAAAGGAAAUGGGAGAAAUCAAGCUCGGAGAAGAAAAACAAUGUCCCUUGUUUUGAAGAAGGAAAAAAUCCACCUUCUGGACUGCAGGGCAUCUCAAAUUGUGCUGGUUUCAGAAACAGGCAAAGUUUUCGAGUCAAACUGCCAAGAAUCUCAUGUGGAAAACCUCAGGCUACUGACAAGCUUAAACGACAGACAGAUCAUUCAAGUUGCCUGUGGGAACUAUCAUUCCCUUGUGCUGACAAAAGAAGGUGAAGUGUUUUAUUGGAGAGAACCUCAGGUAGAACAGUGCGGUUCUCCCAAGCUCCUGGAAACCCUGUUGGGCAUCCCCGUUGCUCAGAUCGCUGCAGGGGGAGACCACAGCUUCGCUCUCUCGCUCUCCGGGACCGUGUUCGGCUGGGGGAGGAACAGCGCGGGACAGCUGGGGCUGGGGGAUACGCAAGACAGAGAUAUCCCAACCCCAGUGCGGUCUUUGGCAUUCAAAGGGACUGUUUUUAUAUCUUGUGGAGAGGAGCACACUGCCAUUCUGACAAAGGGUGGCCUAGUGUUCACAUUUGGAUCGGGAAGCUAUGGGCAGCUCGGACACAACUCGCUCAGGAAUGAACUGAGGCCUCGGCUGGUGGCUGAGCUGUGGGGGAAGAAGGUGUCUCAGAUAGCCUGUGGCAGGUAUCAUACACUUACUUACGUUUCCUCCUCUAAAACAAUCUAUUCAUUUGGUUGUGGGGAGCAAAGACAACUGGGAAACUGUGGCUCCAGAAAUCAAAAGGUACCUCUCCCUGUUGAACUGCGUCCAGAAACAAGCAGCAAAAUCAGAAUAGAUCGGAUUGUUGCUGGAGGAAACCAGUCUUUUGUUUUGUGCUCUCCAGUUAAGAGUACAGAACAUUCUGCAAACAGUACAUCUUGGAAUGACAAUAAAAUGAUUUUAACAGUAACUGAUAGAGUGAUUGAAAAAUGGAUCUCUAGGAGUGACCCUAAAUCAUGGAGAAACACAAAGAAAGAAAUUACAAGGAUAUUCUCAUCUGCUUCAUGUCUUAAUGGAAGCUUUCUUGGAGAAAGACAUUACAGAACAACAAAGGAAUUGUCGGGUCUGGAUUUGUCUCUUGCACGUUUGGCUUUUGAAAAGCUGGCAACAAAUGACAAAGUGUUAGCCCAGGUGGAGUCUGUGGUCCUGCACAAGCUUAUUCCUUCUUUGUGUUCAAAUCCUGAUAAUGUAGAAAUGUUCAGGGUCUACCUGAUUUUACCUGAGCUCCUCAGAGUUUUAAAAACAGAACAGAGCCGUCGAGACAUCUCAGUGUCCCUUGCUGAUAGGAUUCUCGGGCUGGUGCCCAGCAGUUGUAGACUCCUUGAGGGUUUAUGGUCUACACUUCCUCUUUCCUUCUUUCAAACACUUGUGAAGAUCUUCCACACAGUAUCUAGUCGUUACUUGUACAAGAUGAGAACAGAUUAUUCCACUGACUGGUCAUCACUUCAGAAAACUGUGUGUGUUUUGCAGAUGUUAUAUAAGGUAAACUCCAAAGCUGGCAACAGGAUUCAAGACAGUAAUUUCAACAUAGAUGAGAUCCAACUCCUCAUUCAGUCUUUAGGAAGAGUUCACCCGGAGAACUGGAAGAUGAUAUUGAAAAAGGCUAAGUAUCUGAGAAAUCUGGUUAAGCUGACAGCAUAUCCAUGCAUCUUUGACAUGAAAGCUAAACAAUUCAUGUUCAGUAUGAAUAACUUUGCAAUUCUUUGUGAUAAUGCCUGCCGGAAUCCCAUUGGAGGAAACAACAUAUGUGUGAACAGGGAGAACCUCCUGAGUGACACCUUGCAGCAAUUAAGGAGCAGUUCAAGCAACUAUUACUGGCCACUGAAGGUGAAGUUCAAAGAAGAAGAUGGUAUUGACCAUGGUGGCCCAUCACAAGAGUUCUUCUCUGUCAUUGCAAGAGAGCUGCUUUUGCAGGAACAUGGAGUAUUUGAGCUCUUUGAAGACUCCAGACUCAUGUGGUUCAUUCAAGUGGAGACCAGCAGCACUGAUAUAUUCUUUCUGCUGGGGAUCAUCUGUGGUAUGGCCCUGUACAAUCAAUGUGUGGUCAAUUUCCACUUCCCUGUGGCACUGUUCAAGAAGUUGUUGGGUGUGAGGCCCACCCUGGAAGACCUGAAAGACCUGUCUCCCAUAGAAGCAAGGAGCCUGCAAGAACUUCUUGACGAAGAUGAAGAUGCUGUAGAAAACUUAGAUUUGGACUUUACGGUUAAGGGACAUGAGGUGGUGCCACACGGAAGAGAAAUUCUAGUCACCAGAUUUAACAGACAGCAAUAUGUUGAUGCAUACGUGGACUAUGUGUUCAACAAGUCCAUUCAGAAACCAUUCCAGGAUUUUGUGAGAGGGUUUACAACAGGCUGCCCUAACAAUAUGUGGAAAAUAUUUCUCCCUGAUGAGCUCAUGGCAGUGUUGAAUGGGAAUGUCAAUUAUGAGUGGGACGAGCUCAAAAAAAAUGCCAGAUAUAUUGAGUAUCAACCUACUGAUCAGACAAUCAUAAACUUCUGGGUAUUUUUUGCUGAACUUACUGAACAACAGAAGAAGAACUUUCUAUCCUUCAUGACUGGAAGUGAUAGGUUGCCAGUAGGAGGAUUGUCCAGCAUGAGGUUUACUAUAAUGGACAAAAAGAUUACUAACCCUGACGAGUACUAUCCAGUUGCAAACACCUGCUAUGGAAUAUUGUACCUUCCCAAUUACAGCAGUAUUGACAUUCUGAGGAACAAAUUCCUGCAUGCAAUUACAUUUUUUGAAGAAUUUGGAACAUUGUAGAAUUUUUUUUUUGCAAAGGCCUUCAGUUUACUUUUAACUUUUUACUUCAGUUUUUUAUUUGAUUUUUGUUCUGCUGGAAGAAAGACAUGACAAUCCACAGUUCUGAAAUUCCUUGGAUUAAGUGCCUGAUGGCAAUGCUGGAAGUUAAUACUCUGGACAACACUAAAAUGUUUUCUGUACAAUUAUGCAACCUUUCUAAACCUUUGGUUUUUAUAGCCCUUUAAAAUCCAUCAACUCCGAGUGUUCAUGCCUGUCCUCAUUCAUUAUCUGUAUUCUUUGCCAGUUACAUUAAUUGCAAAUUUCUCAGAUUACUAGUGUUUCUGCAAUAUUGUAAAUAUGUGUGUCCAACCCCUUUACAUUUUAAUGAACAUUUGAAUCAAAUGUGUCAUCUUUGUUAACUGAAAAGCAUUCUUUUCUUUCUUUUUUAAUAUGCAGUCUUAACUAAGGAAGGCAUAUACUGUAUUUAUUGACUUUGCAGUUUAUUACAACUCAAAUAAGACCAAUGUACAUUGCAGAUAGAACUCAGGCUGUAAAUUUGUUUUUGUGCAAAUUAAAUAAUAAAUAUCAAUACAUUUUAAAAUAUCAUUAAAAGAUUUUAAAUACCUAACUUUAUGUUAGGUACUAUGCUGUUUUGGAAGAAAAUGGGAUGUUGACAGAAUUGUAUUGAAACGUUGGGAGAUUGUUUCAGGAUGUCGCCAUUUUACACUUUACAUAGGGCUAAUACAGUAUAUUGUAUUCAUAAUAUAGUACUUAGCAAACAUAUGAAUAAAAUAUGUUGGGUAGAAGUGGAAGAUAAUGCUUGCUAAGCAUAAAUCUGUCAGACAACUGUAACAAAGUAAUAUAUUAUUAAGGAUAUACUUUAGUUUUAAAUCAGGCACAGAAGAUUUGAGUAUUCACAGCC